CGCGUGACGCACUUCCUGUUUGCGGCCCUGCCAGAAGCUGUGGAACUGCUGUUGCUGCUACUGCUCAGCGGGAAGUCAGGCGAGCUCCGAGAGCUAGAAGAAAAAGAAGAGGUCGGGGUGCGGCUGUCUCUGCUCGCAAAAGGGGAAACGAGCGGGAUUCUUACCCGAACACAAUAAAACAUGGUGGAUUAUUAUGAAGUUCUAGGAGUGCAUAAACAUGCCUCCCAAGACGACAUUAAAAAAGCAUACCGUAAACUUGCGUUAAAAUGGCACCCAGACAAAAAUCCGGAUAAUAAGGAAGAAGCUGAGAGACAAUUCAAGCAAGUUGCUGAAGCUUAUGAAGUGCUGUCAGAUACUAAAAAGCGUGAUAUCUAUGACAAAUAUGGAAAAGAAGGGUUAAAUUCCAGUGGAGGAGGAAGCCAUUUUGACAGUCCAUUUGAAUAUGGCUUUACAUUCCGGGAUCCUGAUGAUGUCUUUAGGGAAUUCUUUGGUGGACGAGACCCAUUUUCUUUUGAUUUCUUUGAAGAUCCUUUUGAGGAUUUUUUUGGUAAUAGAAGAGGACCACGUGGAAACAGAAGCAGAGGCGGUGGUUCAUUGUUCUCUGCCUUCGGAGGAUUUCCUGCCUUUGGGGGUGGUUUUUCUUCCUUUGAUACAGCAGGUUUCACUUCAUUUGGUUCUCUUGGCCAUGGAGGCCUUACUUCAUUCUCCUCCACAUCAUUUGGUGGUAGUGGAAUGGGUAAUUUCAAAUCUGUAUCGACUUCCACUAAAUUAGUUAACGGCAGAAAAGUCACUACAAAGAGAAUUGUUGAGAAUGGACAAGAGAGAGUAGAGGUUGAAGAAGAUGGCCUGUUAAAGUCUUUAACAAUAAAUGGUGUCCCCAAUGAAGAAGUUUUUGCAGCAGAAUGUACCCGCAGAGGACAAAACGCCUUGCCUUUCCAGCCCGCUAAUGUCCGUUCUCCAAAGUCCCUGAAGCCCACCACCUACCCCAAGCAUGUCUUUCACUGUAAUAGUGAUGAGGAUGACGACUUGGUGAUGACCAACUGGGAGAGCCCCUUAUAUUCAUCAGGACACAAAGAAGGCAGCAAGCGGAAGAAGCAGAAGCUGAGGGAGGAACAGAAGAAGAAGAAAGCGGCCAAGGCACCAUAUUAGAAUGGAUUCUGAUGUCCCCAGAUGCUAUUCUUUUGUUGUUCUUCCAUUUGAUCCCACCCAGGUUCUUGGUGCAUAUAUUUCUUACAGCUAUUCUCACUUAGCAAACGAGAUAACAGUUAAAAUACAGUAAAGUUGCACUAUUAAGCUUGAGCACCACAUACUUGUUGAAGUUGUGAUAUAAGACACCCUAGUUAGAAACUCCAUCCCUGUUAGAGUAAACCGGUAUCAGGAUGUCAGAUACCAUAAAAUAGAGUAGAUUUUGAUUAAAAUUGUUGAAGACAUAGUAAUGCAAUGGGGCCUUUUCAUCUCUUCCUGUCCUUCGCAUGUUUAUUCAAAGUUUGGUAAGAUUAUUUUUCAAAAAUAGCCAUCAUGAAUUUAUUUUUUAUUUCUGAAGAAGCCCCAAUAGAACCUUAACAUAUUUAAAUUUAUGUCCAAAGGGAUUAAAUUAUGCAUUUAAUCAUACAGCUGAGAAAUGUUUAGAGUUUUUUAUUUUACAUUUAUUUACCCCCAGGGGAAAAGUGGUUGACUUUCCAUUCUGACCUGUGCUAUUAUUUAUGUAUGUUGCAUUACAAAGAGCAUCCUGUAACGAUUGAACUGAAAACAUUCACAGUGAACUGUUUCGGGAACUAGAUUUCUUGUGAGCAUGAUAUGACCCCCAAAUUUCUAUCAGGACAAAUUAUAGCUGGCCUUGAAAACAGUACGUAAUUGUCAUUGACUGGAAAUAAGCAGUCAUUGCAAAUUGCGUGUAUGCGCGCGUGGUAUAAAAUAAGAAUCAUAAUUACAUCUAGGCAGGCAAAAUUCAUUUUUUAGCACAUGAUACUAUAUGGCCAAACUGAUCUAUAAUAUCAUUCGCAUACUGGAUAUAUCCAGAUAUAGCUAAUUAGCUUGCAUGGGUGGGUGGGGCAUGCACAUACAUAAUUGGAAAUUUAAGGAUAUAAAUAUAGCAAGGUUACAUAAUCUCACCUGUAUACAUGUGUAAUAUGCAUGGUCCAUGACUUCUUUUUAACCUCAUAACAAAAUACUAAGCCAGAACCUCCUUCCAAGCAUGGUUACUAUGAGCUGCCUUCCUGCUAUUUAAUCUACAAAUUAAAAUAGUUGAAAGUUUUGGUCUCCUUUUUUUAAAUUUCCCUUUCACCAAUACAUUGUGUUGCCUAUUCUCUCUUAUUGGAAAACCCACAUUUUCUAGAGAAAUUUAAUUACAGAAAUUUAAUUACACCAAAUUAUUGUUGCUUAGGUCAGGAAGAAGGUGAUGUAAGUGGACUUAUGGUACUUAUGUGGAUUCAAUUGUAAUGCUUCUAUUAUGAAAAUGUAAUCUUAUGCAACUCAUUAGGAUAUGUUUAAAAGGAACAUGUCUGAAUCAAGAUGGAGAACCAUUUUUUUGUUAUGGAAAUACCACUGAAUUGUUGUGCUGUGUGACUAAUAUUUAAAGAAAUAAAGUAAAUUCCCU